GUGUGCAGAAGUCCUUAUAGUCCAGGCCCAGUUCCUCAGUAGCAGUUCAGUCCUGCAAGAGAAGAGUAGCCCAGCGCUUUCCAGGACUCUUAUCUUUGGGGCGCAACAUAAAUCGAGGUGCAAGAAGAGAGGCAAAUCUUCAGAUACCUACAGGGUUAAUUUAUUCAAAAAAAGAAAUACUCAACAUGCAAAAGUCUUGUGACGAGAACGAAGGAACACUCCAGAAUACACCAAAGGCAGAUGAAGACCAUCCUACAGAAGACUCACCUCAGCAGGCAGGAGGAAAUCUUCAGGCUUCUGGAGAAAGUGUGGGGGAGGAUGCAGAUGGAAGUCUUAGAGCAGAGCCUGCUCAACCCAGCCCUGAACCUAAAGAGGACACUCCCACAAGGCUUCUGAACCCUGACGAAGUGAUUAGAGGAGUGGAUGAGUUGGAAAGGCUUAGGGAAGAGAUAAGAAGAGUAAGAAACAAGUUUGUGAUGAUGCAUUGGAAACAAAGACAUUCCCGAAGCCGUCCAUACCCUGUGUGCUUCAGGCCUUGAAAUCUUUUUUUCUCUGAUGUUGAAAUCUGGCUGCUGCUUUCUUUCUCUUAGCGUUUUCUGAUGUAUCUUUGAACUUCAUUUUACUUUUAAUUACCUGGCGGUAUUUUAGAUAGUUUUGUUGUUACCAGCAUCUCAUUGGAUUUUGGAUUUUGACCCAUUUUCCACGUUUAUUUUUCAGUUGGAAAGUUUCACCCUUAUGCAUGGAAAUGUGUUCAUUCCAUAUUAUGCAAUUUAAAAGCAGCAUAUUUAGUAUCAACUCGCAUAUAUAGGAAAAUUCCUAAUUAUGUGUGUACAUGUAUAAUUAUACGUAUCAAAAAACUUAACAGUGCUUAUUUUUGUGUGGUGUGUUUUAAUUUUGCCUUUUGCUUGUGUGUAUUUUUUAAUGAAUAUGUGUCUCACAAAGAACUGCAGAUUUUUUAAUAAGUGGGAGUUAAUUAAAAUUAAUUGUAACCAGCUUGUAGAGACAAUAAAGUCACUAAACUCUUGAUGAAGAACUAUUAAAAAGAAAUGUAAACCUGGAAUUACCUCUGGAUUUCUUAGCCAGAGGAAUAAAACUGGCAAUCAUUAUAGAUA